AUGACUCCAGUCAUCAUCAUGAAAGGGUUGAUGUGGAUUGCAGGGUUAGCAAAGCCAUUUAUAGAUCGCCUCACCGCCUUCAUGCCUCACCGCCUUCAGCCCGGUGACGUUGAGGCCCCCGCAGAUCCCCAGGCAAACAGCUUCCCAACCUCCAAUCGUCAGAGGUUCCCACGAUCUCUACUGCUUCCAUUCAGAAUGUGGAACGACGAGGACAAUAAUCCCUAUGGGGCUUUUGACCAGCAUGAAGCCCAUCUAGCAGACUCGUUGCGCUCCACCAUAGCAACUUACGAAGAUGAUACUACUCCACCGUCCAGUCGGGACUCCAACCUGGACCCUCCGGAUUUCUUAUCACACCCGGAAGACCUUAGUGAUCCCGAAGAAGAAGCCGACUAUGGAGCCGCAAGUCAACAAUACCCGCGGAAGAGUGUUUACGAUAGCCGCAUUGAGCAGAUACUCUAUGAGAAUCCGGAAAUGCCAAUCCUGAUCACAGACGCGGGCAAGAACCAUGAAGGUGGGGGCAGCUUUAUUGUCUACACAAUUCGCACUGCGGACUUGGAAGUGCGCCGCCGAUACUCGGAAUUUGCGUCGCUACGCCAGACCCUGGUGAAUCUCCAUCCUACACUCAUUGUUCCUCCAAUCCCCGAGAAACAUAGUAUGGCCGACUAUGCUGCGAAACCUACCAGAGCCAAGGAAGAUACUGCAAUCAUUGAGCUUCGAAAGCGCAUGCUCGCUGUGUUCUUGAAUCGAUGCCGCCGCAUGAAAGAGAUUCGAGAAGACGGACUCUGGUGGCGAUUCCUCGAUCCAAACGUUAGCUGGAGCGAGGUCUUGCAUUCCCAUCCCGCGUCAUCCGUACCCAAAAAUAACCUCAAAGCGCCCCCUCUGGACCCCGCAAACCCUACCCAGGCACACAGCUGGCUUCCAGUCCCACCCUCAUCAGCAAAACUCAAGACCGCAGGCGGCGCAGUUGGAUCUGGAUCUCCUACGUCUCCAGGAGGCAACAAUGCCGAGGCUCCUCAGCAGGUUCCAGGCCCAGAUAUCGCCGGGCGAUUUCCGCCAGAAUCUCGAAAAUUGACUGAACAAGAGCUGGAUCCGUACUUCGACAACUUCGAAGCUUCGACCCGCGAACUGGAACUGUUAUUGCAAGGUAACAUAGAAAAAGUCAACCGCCGAACAUUAUCACACCUAUCAUCCCUAUCUGCAGAUCUAAUGGAGCUCGGCGCCCGCUACAAUGGAUUCUCCCUCUCGGAGCAGUCGCCUACGGUGGCCGCUGCAAUUGAGCGUAUUGGUCAAGCCGCUGAUACGUCUUACAUUGAAACCGAAGAGCUUUCCUCGGCAUUAAGCGCGCAAUUUGCGGAACCCAUGCGGGAGAGUGCUCAAUUCGCGAGCGUUGUACGCAGUGUGCUACGGUAUCGGGUAUUGAAGCGAGUUCAGGAGGAUAUGACUCGGGAUGAGUUGCAAAAGAAGAAGACGUUGCUGGACUCUCUUGAGCGCAGCGAGUUGGAGGCAAAACGAAUUGAACAGUAUCUUAACCGUACAGAUUCUCAAGCCCGCACCAAACCCCACCGUUCGCUAUCCACCUCGUCUGCUGUGAGCAGCGAAGGUGACAGCAUCGCUCAUGCUUCGCCGGAUGCUGAGUUCCCUCCCACACAUGGGGAACCCAUCGCCUCCCCAUCGCCUUCCCAGAUUAGCCCUCGGAAGCCAGAGCUUUCGUCAGCUUCCUCGGCUCACCGGAAGACCUCCAGUGGAACAUUUGUUGCAGGUAAACUCUUUGGUCGUAUCAGCCAUGCCAUUCACGGGUUUGCCGACGUGGAUCCUGAACGAACGCGACGCGAUCAAAUUGGCAAGACUAAGGAGAGUCUCAUUCAGUUGGAGCAAGCAUUGGAGGUAUCGGAAAAGGAUGUGAAAGACGCUACUGCGGGAGUGAUGCAAGAUCUGCGACGCUUCCAGAAUGACAAGGAAGCUGAUCUACGCCGCUACAUGCUUGCAUAUGCACGUUGCCAUGUAGAUUGGGCCCGUAAAAAUCUUGAGACUUGGACAGAGGCUAAGGAUGAAGUUGAUAAGAUUGUUGCUCGUUAG